AUGCAAUCUCUACGUGUUGGAAGCAGAGGGUUGUACAAUCUCUCGAGAACCCCUCCAUCCGGAAUAGUGUUCUCAUCUCAUCCUGUUCCAACUGCAUCGAUCGCACAAUGGAGAUGUGCCUCCACGAGAAGCUCCUUCGUCCCAAGGCUGGCUGAGGGUUCGGUCUGGCAAUCCAUAAUACCUAAGAGCCUACGGGAUCGCUGGAACGGAGUCGACAAUUCGGGGAAGAAGAAACCCGCUAACCCGGCGACCUACUUCAUCUGGAUCUAUCUUCUCAUCGGCUCACAGGCCAUCCGUAUCAUGGGGGUCCAGACGGAGUUCAACACAUACAUGCGGAAGGCAGAUAUCAAACUAAACAAGCUGCGUGAAGUCGUCGAGAAAUUGCAGAAAGGUCAAGAGGUGGAUGUUGAGAAAGCUCUUGGGACAGGGGAUGAGAUCCAAGAACAAGAAUGGGAAGAAGCUCUUGCGGAACUCGUGGCAGAAGACCAAGUCUGGCAGAGUAAUAGAAGAAAAGCACGUGAGGAGAGUGAACGGCUGGCUGCGGAAGAACAGGAUGCUAAUCCUAUCAACCGGGCUAUUAUCACAGACCACGAGCCCUCCGUGACCAUCGCCCCAUCGGCAAACACUCCUCGCCCCGGCCCCGGAUUUUAUUGA